AUGGCAAGAAAAGCAGAUCUUGGAGAGUCAAGAGACAAUACAUCUCGAAGAGCUACUAUACACAACCCCGCAACACACAUCUCACAGGAGGAUAAUAGCCAUGGUGACGAGCUCGCAACAACAACGACAACAACAACAACAUCGCAAUUGCAGCAGUAUAUAAAUCAAAACAAGGUGCUCGCAAGACGCAAUGGAAUCUUAUCGGCACGAAUCACUGAGCUAGAAGAUAAAAUCACUUCAAUGAAUGAUGAGCUCAUUAGGCUUCGGAAAAAUGACGCGCUCAAUCUGGCACUUGAGUUGGUGGAGAAGAAUUUGGUAAACAGUUUCAAUGUUAGUAAGAAGCUAUUGCAUCGAAUACGCAUUGAUAAUGGGAUAGAUGUGGGUAUACCACAACCUGCUGGCGCAUAUACGAGCAAUAAAAUUGAAGAGAGGAAAAAGGGACAUGAAGCAAAGCCAUUGCUGACAAGGCGAGAGUCCAUGCAAUCCAUCUCAAAAGCCAAGUCAAUCCUCACUCCUUUAGAUACGGCAACGAGAGAUGAACCUACAACAAAGAAGUUUGAAAUACCACAUUUUUUCAAAAAAAAUGACCAAUUUGAAUCCUCAUCCAAGUUUCUGAGCAUUUUGGAUGAACUGGAUUCAGAGGAGAUGUUUGAUAUAAGACUGGUUGGGGUGUUUGCAAAAGAGCCAACAAUUAACAGUGAUGAUGAACAAAAAGAUGGUGGUGGUGUUGAGGGGCCUUUAAGCCCAGUAAUAGUAGAGAAUCCAUCGAGAGAGAGAAAGGACAAGGAUGAUGAAGAAAGUAACUUUUUAGCAGAAUUCGGUCGCCAUGAGUCGUCAUUUGUGGAAAUGAAAGAGAAACAAGAAAAUUGUAAAGAGAGGAACAUUGAGUCGAGACAAAUGAAAGAGAAGCUGACGUCGAUAUUGCCUGAUAUGCUGGAAUAUGAAGCCGUUUUGGAGAGUUUGAAGUGUGAUGGCGAGAUAAAAGAGAAACAACAGGACGUUGCUAUCACAGAUGAUGGGGCGGAGGGUAGCGGACAUGAUGAUAAAUCUAAGGGUAGUGAAGGACACAACACAAACUCUAAACAUAAAAUUUGUCACAAAGAGGUGGGUGAAGCUGCGCCACAACAAAAACCCGUGAAUGUCAUUGAGUUGGACAAUGAUACGAGUCCAAGGAGACCCACCAGAUUGAGAAAGAAGCCAACCUCUCAAGUGCGUACACCUGGUUCAAUUACCAAACAAAGGAGACUGAAAAGAAUCCAAAUCAAAGAGGAUUCUCCCGCGGUUGAAACAGAACACGAACCACAACCAAACACCCACGAAAAGAAAACUAUCCCAGUGGCAAUUGAGCGCGAAGUGAUUGAGUUGGAUCUUUCCCCUACCAAGUCCACCGAGAGCAAUGAUCAUGCAUCAAAUGCAACCACCAAGAGCGGGAAAAGGAAACCGCUUUCAAAUUUGACAAACAAGAUAAACAACAAGCCAGCAAAGAAACGUAAGCAUAGCCUUAAUACAGAUUGGGACCUUGAUAUAUUCGAUCUUCGGAAUGCCUAA